CUCCAUCGCAUCAUGGCUGGCGAGCACUACCUUGCAGUUCUCAAAGCUCAAUACGACUAUGAGCCUGAUGCUGGGGCAGACGACGAGAUAGCCAUCAAAGACGGCCAAAUAUUGUUUCUGAAGGAACGAGUUGACCAGGACUGGUGGAAGGUCAAGAUCAAGGGCGAAACCCAAGAAGAAGACACUCCCGUCGGUCUCGUUCCGGCUGCCUAUGUAGAGCCAGCCGAACACUCGUCAGUGGUGAAGGCUCUAUACGACUACGAAGCCAGCGCCCCAGGAGAAUUGACCAUAACCGAGGACCAAAUUCUCGUCGCCUUCGAUGCCGACGACGAAUGGUUACUGGUUCAAACUGACGAAGAUGGCGGCAAAGCCGGCUACGUUCCUGCCAACUACGUGGAAUCCUAUAAUGGUGAAGAAGAAGACCAGCCAGCUGCUCCCCAAAUUGUUGUUCCCGACUCUCCGCCCAAGCCAGCUUAUGUGGACCCCGCCACAAGAGUUGCGUCGAGCAAGAUUACUGCUGACGAUAUCAAGACGUGGUCCGUCUCCGAGGUUGACAAGAAAGGCAAGAAGAAGAAGGGUACUUUGGGUGUCGGCAAUGGGGCAGUGUUCUUCGCCAGCGAGGCGGACAAGACUCCAGUGCAGAAAUGGCAGACGGCUCAUAUCCAGGACAUCACCGUUGAAAAAUCCAAACAUAUUCACAUCGACGUCGGUGGCCCAAAUGCUGUCAACCUUCAUUUCAGCGUGGGCUCGAAAGACAAUGCCGAUGCGAUUGUAACCAAACUCAACUCCUCCAAAGAAUUUUCUUCUGCCUCUGCUGAAUCAUCAACAUCUGCACGCGAAAGCUCCCCAGGCAAAGACCACAAGAAGGCUACUGUUCAUUUCGCUCCUGAAUCGCCAACAGUUAUACCAAUACCAGAUGAGGACGAAGAAGAAGAAGUCCAAGAAGAGGAGACAACAGCUCAGGAUGAUAAUAAUGCAACAGCCCGGUACGACUUUACGGCUGAUGGAGACGACGAGCUUUCAGUUGUUGAGGGAGAACAUCUAAUUAUUCUGGAAAGAGACGGUGACGAGUGGUGGAAGUGUCGUAAUGCCAAAGGCCAAGAAGGUGUAGUUCCAGCAGCUUAUCUUGAGGCCGGUGGUGGUGGAGUGCAAGUUGAGGAGGAAGAUGAGGAUGACAGUGCUGCCAUCGCUGCUGCACGUGAAGAAGAAGAGGAACGAGCCGAGGCCGAACGACAGCGCAAGGCAAGGGAGAAAGAAAGAGCAGAAAGAGAGCGUGUCGAAAAUGAAAGGCUGGAAAAGGAAAGGCAAGAAAAGGAGAAAAAGAAACAAGAAGCGCAGAAACGGGCCCGAGAAACAGCUGCAGCAGCCGAAAAAGAACGAGAAAAGCGCAAACAAGCAGCAGCAGCUCGUCCUCCCACAACAUCACCCCCUCCCGUUUCUCGCACUCCGCCUGAGCCAAAGAAAUCAGAAAGUAAAGCACGGACUUCACCGGAUCCUGUCGCUCUCCCUCCCCAAGACCGAGUUCGUGUGUGGCAUGACCGAUCCGGCCAGUUCCGGGUUGAUGCUGCUUUCCUUGGUUUCAAUAACGGGAAAUUACGCCUACACAAGGUCAACGGUGUGAUCGUUGAAGUGCCUGCAGAGAAGAUGUCCGUGGAAGACAUGAAAUACGUCGAGAAGAUGACCAACAAGCAGCGAGGCUCUCGCACAUCUGCCGCUGCGUCACGUGCUAUAUCUGACGACGAUGUCCCACUUGCGACGGUGAAACGAGCAUCAAUGGCAGUGCAGCCCAAAAAGGGCCCGACGAUUGAUUGGUUCGAUUUCUUUCUUUCCGCAGGUUGCGAUAUCGAUGAUUGCACACGCUACGCCUCUUCGUUUGAAAGGGACAAGAUGGAUGAAUCAAUUCUUCUCGAUAUCACCGACUCAACAAUGCGCUCACUUGGGUUACGGGAGGGUGACAUAAUCCGAGUGUCCAAAGCGAUUGAGAAACGUCGGCCCCCUGCGGAGAAGAAGAUUGACGAGGGAGAGGAUAGUGGUGGGCCAACCAAGAGCCCGCCAAACCUCUUUACCACGGCUGGCGGUGCAUUGAAGAACCCUCGUCGAGGCAGGCCCCAGGCUUCAAAGAGCAGCACAUUACCGGGCUCUGUUGACAUGCAAGCCAUAUCCUCGGUUUCAGAUCAAAUGCAACGUACCACUUCACCCAAGGCUUUGUCGCCAACUACGGUUCAACCUCCGCCCAGAUCUAGCUCUGCUCUACUUCCAGCGACAAGUGGAUUCGAUGAUGAUGCCUGGACGAAUAGACCGAGUUCAACUCAGCCAACUCCCUCACCAAGCACUCCAGCCCCAGCGGUGGCUGCAACACCUCCCCCUCCCGCAGCGGCUCAAAGUCCUGCUCCGGUUGCUCCCACACCACCAGUUCCGACUGUUCAAACCCCUCCUGUGGUCCAGACUACGCCCAGUCUUGCAAAGACAACCGAGGCUGAUGUGUUUGACCAGCUUGCGCGACUUUCUGCUCUACGUUCACAGACACCCCAGGCUCCGCCUGUCGUUGCGACCCCGCCAGCCGCUUUACCCACCAUUGCAGCUACUCCAACCGGAUACGUAUCGGGUCUUGGAAUGGGUUCUUCCCCAGUUCCCAUGGGGCAGCAUUUGGUCAACCAACAAGGAGGUUUGCUACCUUCACCAUCGCCUCAACCUCCAACUGCGUAUACUGGCCCUCGUGGUCCUUAUGCUCCAGUACCAGCGAAUCAAACUCUCCUCCAACCGCUAAUACCAACGACGACUGGAUUCAACAGCUUCGUGCCAACUCGAGCAUCCGCCUCACCUUUCGGCAGCUCCCUCCUCCCGACGCAACCAACCGGCUUCCCGGGCUCCUUACAGCCUCAGCCAACUGGAUUCAUGCCACAACAACAACAACCACUCUCCUUCCAGCCCACCGGAUCGCCAUUUGGUGGAAAUUCAUUUGUGCAAAGCAAUCCCACUGGCUUUGCACAAUCUCCGUUCAACAACGUAUCACCAUUUAGCAACCCUGGCUUUGCUUCUCCGCCGCCUGUCCCGCCACUUCCUUCCUCAACACCACAAACCAAUAACACGUCACCCGCUAAUAUCUUUGCCCAAAUGAAGUCAGGGACAUUUGGAACAGAAGACGGCGGCGCCCCUCAGAGUGCUGAUCGAUACGAUGCGUUACGACCAAAUCCCAUGGUCGCACAACCGACAGGCUGGGUGGGAGGAUACCAGAACGGAUUUGGGGGUUACCACUAA